AUGGAGAUCCACGGUUCCGGUUACGGUAGUGACGACGAGGAUGACGAGUCCGUUCACGGUUCUGGAACGUCAAUGGUGGACGUUAUCGAGGGCUCCGGUGGUGUACCGUCGAUGAUCCAUCAACGACCACAGGUCACCACUACGACGACCACCACCCACAUGCCACCCGUGCAUUCACAUUCAGAUUCUGAACAUGUUUUCAAUCCGGUGGUGCCGAUUCGACAGUCGCCUAAGGUAACUAGUGUUACAACUGAGGCUCCAUGGUCAUCACCAGACAGUGACGAACAAGAGCCUAUAAAAACUGUCAUGGAUAACGAGCGAGACUCCGUUGUCGAGACG